GCCGCGGUGACACUCGCCUCAACCAUUGGAUAUCCGACGGUUUUCCAAGUAAGCGCUAGGAGCCUCCUAGGUGAUGCGCGUGCCCGAUGCGAAAGACUUAAAUCUGACAGUGCCAUCUCUGGAUACAUAGUUUUGUGAUAUCGCCCGGAAGCUCUGUCUUUGUAAAGGGAGUAACUUGUGGUGAUGUGCUAGUGACGGACAGAAGUGUGCAUAGUUGGCCAACUUGGCCAGCGGGUGUAAAAAAAAUAAAAAAAAUAAAAAAGAAUCAGUGCACCCACUGACACAUGAUACUGCAAAUAUCAAAAGUAUCUUAAAGAAUAUGAAACCGUGAGGCGAAAUUUAUGAUCUGUUUGGAUUUGUCCCUUGUUUUCAGUGGAUGUGUGCAGUACAUUCUGCGUCAGCGACCGGAUGAACACUUAGCCUACAAGGAUUUGAAUGACUGACGAAAGGAAAGGACAAAAACUACACCUGAAGCGCAAAGACCAGGCUGCUACACUGGAGCUCCAAUACAUUCAACAUUCAGAGGGAAGGUGAAAAACAAACUGAAGCAGUUGUAAUAUUGCCAGAUGUACAGGCUAUUCAUUUUAAAUACAUCCCAACGAAGUGUGUUUCGGUGAGCUGCGUGCUGAUGGUAUUUUCUCAAAAUGACUUUGGUAAAGCUCCUGGGGGAUCAAUUAUAACCGGAGUUACGCAUCCUAAAUGAAACAGUCAGUAUGUUUUCAGCCUAACACCUCUUGUCAGUUGGAGCAACAGCUACUGGGAAGUAUAUGUGCAAUUUAAACGAUAUGGGAAGAAACGCUCGGAAAAUGUCUUGCGUCCUCCUCCUUAAGAUGUGUACCCUCUGGACAACAUGCAUCUCCAGGGCAGCGGCGGACCUGACCUGUGACACUUUGCUCUUGGUCUCAGGAAACAUCUCCAUAAAUUCACUGGCAUCAUGGAAUCAGACAUCCAGCAAUACCACAGGUCUGUACUGCAACAUGUCGAUAGAUGGGAUCGGCACCUGCUGGCCCAGGAGCAGCGCCGGAGAGAUGGUAUCGCGGCCAUGUCCGGAGGAAUUCUACGGAGUCAGAUACAACACUACAAAUAGUGUAUACAGAGAAUGUCUCUCAAACGGAACUUGGGCCAUGAAAGGAAACUACUCCCAAUGCCAGGCCAUACUGAACGAAGAGAAGAAGAGCAAGCUGCACUACCACAUCGCGGUGAUUAUAAACUACCUGGGCCACUGCAUCUCCCUGGCUGCGCUGCUCCUCGCCUUCAUCCUCUUCAUGCGCUUGAGGAGCAUCAGAUGUCUACGGAACAUCAUUCACUGGAACCUGAUCACUGCUUUUAUCCUGCGAAACGCCAUCUGGUUUGUUGUCCAGCUGACCAUGAACCCGGAAGUGCACGAGAGCAACGUUAUCUGGUGUCGGCUGGUCACUGCAGCGUACAAUUAUUUCCACGUGACUAACUUCUUCUGGAUGUUCGGAGAGGGCUGCUACCUGCACACCGCCAUUGUGCUGACGUACUCCACGGACAAACUGCGCAAGUGGAUGUUCAUCUGCAUCGGGUGGUGCAUCCCUUUUCCAAUCAUUGUUGCCUGGGCUAUUGGAAAGCUGUAUUAUGACAAUGAAAAAUGCUGGUUUGGCAAGAGAGCAGGAGUAUAUACAGACUACAUCUAUCAAGGUCCCAUGAUUCUGGUAUUACUGAUAAAUUUUAUUUUCCUCUUCAACAUCGUCAGAAUUCUUAUGACGAAGCUCAGAGCCUCUACCACUUCUGAGACCAUACAAUACAGGAAAGCUGUGAAGGCCACCCUGGUCCUACUUCCCCUUCUUGGAAUCACGUAUAUGUUGUUCUUUGUCAACCCCGGAGAGGAUGAAGUCUCACAGAUUGUAUUCAUAUAUUUUAAUUCAUUUUUGGAGUCAUUUCAGGGCUUCUUUGUGUCAGUGUUUUAUUGCUUCCUGAACAGUGAGGUUCGGUCUGCAGUCAGGAAGCGCUGGCACCGCUGGCAGGACAAGCAUUCCAUCCGGGCCAGGGUGGCCCGUGCCAUGUCGAUACCCACCUCGCCCACCCGGGUCAGCUUCCACAGCAUCAAACAAUCCACGGCGGUGUGAGAACAGAACGCCCAACUCCCCCACCCCCUCAGUCAGUUGGAGUCGCCGAAACAGGAGCAGAGAAACUCGCCGUCCUAUUCUGUACAGAAUAAAGACCUCACAGGCCUCUGUGUUCUGUGUAUUUACGGAACCAUAUGUGUGGUGGGACCAGAGCCACCGGGUAAGCCAGUUAAGAUGUCAGGAAAGCAGACCAGUCCCAAAAAGGCUUGAACAUUGAUGGGCAUGCAAAAGGACAUUUCUGCCUGCUGAUUCAUGGCCUUUGAAGAGGAUUUCUCUUGCUUUUUGAUUUUUACUGCAUUCCUUUAAGGAGGAUUAGAGUUUGUCCUGGGCAGUCCCUCGAAUGACCUGAUUAUAAUGAAACAUUGACUUGGGACAACAACUUUCUUCAAAGGACAGUGUUGUGUAUAUAUAAUAGGAUACAAAGGAACUAUUUGAGAAGUCAACUUGGUAGGUCUUGACUUGAAUAGAAUACCUCCUGUUAAUUUAGGAAAACCAAUGUGUAGUUUUUUUUUUUUUUUUUAGUUUGUUUUGUUUUUACUUGGAGCACUUUCAAAACAUACCAUAGUAAAUCAGAAUUAUAUAAGUCUGGUCAACAGGACCACAUCAGUUCACGAAAUCUGUAACUUGCACUGAUCGGCUGAAGGAGCAGACCACAUGUGUGCGCCUAUCAAUGAGGUGAAAUAUUUAAUGUGGAUUUUCCCCACAGCGUACUGGUUGUGUGUAAACCAUAUUGUUCUAUUAUAGCAUAUUAUUGAAUUUGUAAAUAUUGUAGGGUUUUAUUUUCUAUAGCAGUAUAAUCCCACAUAGCUGAUCCUGUUGGGACCUGAGGUAUGUUUGAAAAGUGAAAAGUUGAAUAACUGAAUUCAAAAUAAACAUGCAGAUAUCUUAAAUGUCAAAUGUGUAUUCAAAUAGAGUAGAGUGGGUAUGGCCUUUAUGGUGAAAAGCUGAGAUAGCUCAUCUCUAAUCAUUACUCUCUCCAAAAGAGAAUUUAUUUUUGCUUUUCUCUCAAAAAUGUAAUUAAGGUUUUCGGUUUUUAAAUGUACUGUACCUCCCAUUACAUGCUUUUUCAUAUAGUUUUUGAAGAAUCAUGUUAAUAAAUAUUGAAGUGUUUCCCUUUAAUUUUUUAAAAAUAUCUUGUAAGAUGUUAUCCUAUGGAAGGGAGAAUGCACUGAUGUCCAAAUGACAUCAAAUAAUCCAGGAUGUCAGAUGUACAGGGAACAUAUAUGUGGGAUUAUACUGUAAUACACAAAAGGGUAUGAUUUAAGGUGGAGGACAACAAAUCUUUGAAAGUCAAGUCAAACUGUCUUGGGCCCUUUCCCAAAACCCUUGUAGCACUGAAUUCCUCUUUAAAAAUCCUCUUUUUGUAAUGUGGCACACUGUUGAUAUUUAAAAUGUUUCUCAAAACCCUCAUAGUUUAUAUGGUAUAUUAAGAGCGUUGUUGAUUUAUGAAUGAUCCAAACUACUUGAAGGAAGGAGCAUCCACCAUUAAACUCUAUCCUCUAUUUUAUCAUUUACCCUAUUGUUACCGACUGACAACGGACCAGUCAGCCAAGGCUGGGCUCCCCAUCUACAUCUGGGUUCCUCAAGAUUUCAUCACCACCGGCGACUUCUUUGUCAUUGUUUGGGUGUUUUUUUCUUUCUACUGAAGAGAUUUUUAUAUACCUGCUUGACCUUUGUGGGUUCAUGCUCAGUCUUGCAUAAUUUUUUCCAUUUCGUGUUUUUGCACAAAGCAUUUUUGCGAGUGUCUGUAAAAAACGGUAUACAAAUAAAGAGAAAUGGAGCUGCAGCACACUGCUCCCUAGAUGAAGGAUUGUGCACAAAACACAGAAUCAAUAAAAAAAACUGGCACAGCAUAACUUCUCAUGCAUCAUUUGAAUACCAAUGUCAAAAUGAGGUUAGUGUAGCCAAAACAUAUAAAAAAAUAUAAAUAUACACAAUUGUCAACAUGAUUAUAUUUACGUAACUAUAUAAAGACAGAUUUAAAACAAUUUUGUCACCUUUUUAAUGAUCAAAUAAGAGAACUGAACAAAUUGCAAUGGCUGUGGUGUGAAUCUAUGUUUCAGUAUAAUGAUAUCACAUUAUAUACCUUUUACAUUGACUUGGCAAUCAUUUUGGCAUGUAUGGCCCAUAAUGAUGCACUGAACUCUCAUAUACAAUUAUUCACUCUGUGGUAUUUUUGCAAAAAUAAAAUUGCACAUUAGCAACAGUGCAUUCUAAGAACUUUAGUAAAGGUUUAUAUUCAAUCCUUAGUAGGGAACAGAGCCCGAGGCAGAUUGAAGAAGGGCUCAUUAUGACCAGAAUUCAAUCAACAUGUCCUUAAAAAAAACAAGACCAGGUCAAAACCUAGUAUAUGGCUGGACCUAACACACGUGAUCCGGCCGACCAAUGGUGUAACUUCAUAACUCGGCUGACCAAUAGUGUAACUUCAUCACUCAGUCAGUCAGACAGUCAGUCAGUCACAGACAUUCACGUUUGUAGGACUGGCCCCGCUGUUGCGGUCCAGCCAAAAAAAGUGCAGGUAUUUUUGUUCUUCAACAAGAACAUUUUGGUGAGGACAUUUUUGUAACUGUUGAACUUACAAAGUUAUCUGAUGAAAAUAACAUGAAUUUUUAUCAUAAGUCAUGGGCAAAUGCUGAUUGAAGCCUGUUCUCUGUGUUUAAGAGCUGAAAAUUAACUGUGAAGACCAAUGUGCUGUUUGGACUGGGUUUCAGUUCCCUUUGUGGGGAGAAAUACUUCUGAUUUUAUUUUUUAAAUUUAAACCUUGAAUGUUAUUUGUCCCCGGAAAAGAAGACAAAUUCUGGGAAAUGAUUAAGAGGCAGUCUUUGGACCCACAGGCAAAAAUUAGCUAAA